AUGGCCGAAAUCCGCUAUUUAACUAUGGAUGGACAACCUCCGAAUGGAGGAAUGCCACCGAACAUGGGGGAUUUUCCACAAGUGCAGCCCCCACCAUUUCCUGUGCCAGUAUUUCCAAUGGUUUUACCAGGACCUACUCCACAACCACCUCCUUUACAAGCACCUCUCCAAGCAUUUUUUGGCCCAGCACUGUUCUCUCCAGUCCCCGCUCCCGACAUGUUUCAUUUCCAACCCCAACAAGCGCAGCAGUUUUCUAUGCAGGUACCUGUAGCCCAAGCGGCUGCUACACCCCCUGCAGCCCUUGUUGCUCCCGUUCCUUUUCCCGUUCCCGUUCCCGCUGCCCCUGUCACCCCUGCCGCUCCCUCAGGCCCCAGCUUCCAAAACCCCCACGGCGGUAAUAUUCCGGGUACAGACGACCAACCACUGGUUCUAUCUGGAGGACAUGGGUAUCUAUUCCCUCCCAAGAACACGACCAUCCAUCUAUUCCGCUGCACAACAUACUACCCUUGGGAUUCACAAGAUGGAAUUAUCGAGUUCGUGACGUACCAGGCUCCUACGAAUAUGACCGUGGCGGACCUUAUUAGACAAGUAUGCCCUCAAGGCGAUGAUAUAAAGGGCCGCGGAGUCGUCGAAUGCCAGCAAGCGGUCAACGGGGGUGCGACCGUUUUUACUAGGGGUGAAGAAUAUUUCAUUGGAGAAGGGAAAGGAGAAGCUCAGGCCAUGAAAGACAGGGUAGGCAAAACUCUUGCACAAGUUGGAUGGAAUGAACACCGGAAGGCAAAUGCAAACCCAGUUUGGCUUGCCAGCUCCAUCAGCUUUUACUAG